ACCUGCUUGUUGCAAUCUCACCAAAGUACGUGGACAAAGGACUCGUAGCAAACAAAACUCGUAUCGGUAUCGUAAAACUCAAAGUCCCAUUGGUCGAAAGAAACAUCCCGAAUAAAACGAGGGGCCGUGUGCGAAAAGUAAUUGUUUAGCGAUCCUUGUUCGUCGUAAGCUUAUCGAGCUUUCCGGUGCUGUUUGCAAUUCGUUUUUAUUGUUUAGUCUUUAGUGUGUGCAAAGCAAAGAUUGCAAUCGUCGUGAUGUUUUAAAGGAAUCGACGCCGUGUCAAAAUAUCAAGCUAUAAUUAUCAACGUUUACUGUGCAACUAUUCGUUGGAACGCAGGAUCCAAGCAAGGCCAUUGGUAGCGAAACGGGCGGUUUCAUCUAACGCAAUUGAAAGGGGAAUGGUUUCAAUCCAAAUCGCAUGGCAGUAGGCGAUCGAAUAGAAAAACAAGCCAGAGCGGAGCGUACAACGUGCGAUUUGUUCCACAACCCACAAACAUUCCAUUGUUUUUGGUGAUGAAAAGGUAAAAUAAUCGCCAAGGGUGCGCUGCGGCCAUUUCAUUACUGCGCAAAACCACGGAAAGAAUUCCACAAGUUACAGUGAUAAUAGUGUCUAUUGUUAACUAAUUUGAACCAUGGUACUGAGAACCUUUAGUGGGGAAAAAACUCUUGAAAGUUGAAAAACGGCUAUCAUCAUCGUCCGCGGUUGCCACCUAAUCAACAAAGCUGUACUAGCUAUCGAAGGAUCUUAGUCAUAUUCGGUGUCAAUAAAUGGAGAAACCUACGGAUGACUGCAGUGGCAGGACCUGUAGCAGUUGUACAUACUGAUACAAAGAACCGCACAAUGGUGCACAGUGGUGCGUUGGUAUCGCACUCUCUGUUGCGACCUUCAUCUUCCGCUGCUGUUGUCGCCGUGCCCUUUGCCCCGGUCGCACUACUAUUAUCGUCACUAUCAGGACCUAGCAGCGAUCCACUAGCAGCCGUAGCCACCGUUCCGUUCCCCUUAAGCGUGGCGUCCUGCGUAUGCGAUCGUCCUUUAACGUUGGGAUCGGCUAAUAGUGUAUCGUCGUCGUCGUCGUCGUGGUCGUCCAUAGCGUUAGCGUACCAAACGUCAAUUCCGGUUGUGUUGAAGAACAGGUCUAGACCAUCCGACAAUAGUACUACACAAGAAAUAGAAAACGGCUGGAGAGGAGCGCCUUUAUUGCGUCUCGAGCGCAGUAAGUCCGAUCGUCGCGCUUCUUAUCAACGAAACCCCACAGUUCUGCGACCGACAACGCGGCGGUCUAGGAACGUGUCGCAAGUUCGUGUUUCAAACGGUUUUCCUCUAAUCCUCUCGCACACCAGCACCAACCACUAGUAUAACAUACUUUAUUGGGUAGUACUAGUCAAAGGUUCAACCUUAGCUUAAAUAAGGGACAUACAUUAGCAGACGUCCGGAUAGGUAGCCUGAGCGAUAAUGAUGUACAGCAAGGACGGUAUCUCGGAGCUGGACACGAUCGCAAAUGUGAUUGGUUUGCGAGGAGUGGGAACCUCCUCGUUGCGCACCUUCGUCGAGAUGUGGUAUCACAUCUUUCUAUGGGGUCUGUUUUCGUCCAUCUUCGUGCACACGUGCGCCGCGGUGAUAGCGUUCGUGACGCUUCGCAAACACAAAUUUGGCCGUUUCUUUUCCAUAUUCAUCUUCGUGAUGGGCGUCCUGUCGCCGGCAACGGGGGGCGUUGUUAGCAGUACCGUCAUUGCCUUCGUACAUCGUGCUUCUAACUUUCAGAUGUCACCGAUCGCGGCAAUGGUUUGGGGCGUCGGCCAGACGAUUGUGUCUGCAAGCUUUGGAUUUACGCGAAUCCUGGCGACGCUAUAAGCACACUGUUCCGGUUUUCAAAACUUGCCUGCGAAGGCACUUGAACAUCAUUGUUCUCACAGAAACACUAGCUGCCUGUCAACAUGUAUGUACGGCGUGGCAAGGGAUAUGUUUACAGAGAAGGAGAGUAUAAUGCAAGGAAUCCUUUUAAAGACUGGUAUUUUGUUGAACAGCCUGUCGUAGGGGAUGAUUGUGAUAAAAGCGGCGUGUGAGAGCGGGAUGAAAAGGGCCUGUUGAUGGUUUUUGGACAUAAAUUCCAUUGCUUUCUGUUAUUGAAAACCAUGUGCACAGGGCGACGGAAAACGAUACACAUCACAGCAUCAUCACUUACAAAAUCCUUUACGCAAAUCGUUUCUCGCCGACGACCAGCUGUUCAGCCGUACAGGAAAGGGCGCGGUUUAUUUCAAGGAAAACGAGCAAUUUCGAUCAUAACCCUUAGAGAAAAUUCUAAAAUUCACACUUCGAAAGAUGUAUGCAGCGUGAUGCGACGGGCACCAAAAAUCAAUAGGCGAAUAAUUUUAGGGCGGUCUUCGGCGUAAGAAAAUAUAAUCAAUGCAUAAAUCGAAGGGGAAAAUCCACAUUUCGCAAAGGCUGCCUGUAAAUGUUGGUGAGCGAAGCUUGGGAAAUCAUGUGAUUGUUUUUCUGUAGAAAACGAUAAUCAUUGGCCAUUUUUGCCGCGGAAAAAUAAAGAAAAACACGCGAAUGGCGCCAUGUACAUGUAUGCCUGUGAUUUUUGUCAGAAUGCGUGUGCGUGUGUGAAUGCUUGUGUAAAAUGUAUGUGCGUGAAAGCUUGCUAUAGUGCUUCAGAUAGAGGAAUCCAUACAAAAUAGUCACAAUUAACUAGUAACCAAUGGAAGCAAACGAAUCGACAAAUAGUGAUGACCCAAUAUCUUAAGUAAACCACGCUAGUUAUAUAUAAUUCACAAAAUCAUAUGCGAAGAUGCUCUACAAAACCCGUGUAGUGCUGUAGUGGUGACGAUAUUUAAGUUGGCACCUAAUUUGCUCCCCAUCAUCGAGCGCACGAUCAUGGGUUCUGCAAACAAGGGUGAUCAUUGGACACAGCAUAAUAUUUUCCAUUUUAGUUACGUAUCACACUCUUCCAGACUGGAAGCCAAUAAACAAGAUACGUUGCAGUUGAUUGCAAUUGAUUAGUAUCAUUGUAGCUGUCAUAAAAAAAGUCUUUUCCUAGAAUGUAGAACACAUUGCAGUAUCGUGUUUGCGAUGUGGUAUAUUUGGAUUUUGGGAUCCUUUUCAGUACAGUUGAACGUAGUUGAACUUUUUUUAAAGUUCUUUGUUGGUUCCACGUUCCAUCUACUAUCCCGAUAGGUAAAAGUGCCCGAUACAAUGCAUAUAGUGUUUCGUUUCGUUUGAUUUGAAUUCAUUUUGAUUUCGCAAACCUGGAGGAAGGAAUUUCUUAGCUUUUGUGGUAAACAGUCACAUCACUAGUGGGAGC